AGGUACCAUAAUUAUUACCACUCGCGCAACCGACACGGUAUGUAAAACAUCUCAGGUGCUUUUCUGAAAUGAAUUAAUACAAACAAAUAGUCUUAAAAAAUUAACAUGUGGAAAAAUCAAGGUGAUAUUGAUAACAUACUCACAGCGAUACAAAAUGAUCUUCGCGAACAAGUAUCGGAAAUGCGUCGCAAGAGCCCCGGCUUCCAGCCACGGUUGGCUAUCGUGCAGGUUGGAGGCAGGGAGGACUCCAACGUGUACAUCCGUAUGAAAUUGAAGGCUGCGGAAAACAUCGGCAUUAUCGCAGAGCACAUCAAACUGCCCCGUGACUACAACCAAGCUGAGCUCCUCACGAAAAUCAGCAGUCUCAAUGAUUCUCCAUUCGUGCACGGAAUCAUCGUUCAGAUGCCUCUGGACUCGACGGAAAACAUUGACGCUCACCUCAUCACGGAUGCGGUCUCGCCACAAAAGGAUGUUGAUGGCUUAAACACACAGAACGAAGGGCGAGUAGCCCUCGGCGAUAUGUCGGGAUUCGUUCCCUGUACUCCCGCUGGUUGCGUCGAGUUGAUCAAACAGACCGGAGUCACGAUCGCCGGCAAGACCGCGGUAGUGCUUGGCCGGAGUAAGAUCGUGGGCACGCCGGUAGCUGAACUUCUUAAAUGGGAAAAUGCAACAGUAACCGUGUGCCAUUCGAAAACAAAGAAUUUAAGCGAAAUCACGAAGACCGCAGAUAUUCUAGUCGUGGCAAUCGGUAAACCGGAACUAGUUCGCGGUUCCUGGAUAAAACCGGGAGCAGUAGUGAUCGAUUGCGGAAUUAACCCAAUCCCCGAUUCUUCAAAGAGUAGUGGACAGCGGCUAGUGGGUGACGUAUCGUACUCGGAGGCGGCGCAGGUAGCGGCGCGCGUGACGCCGGUGCCGGGCGGCGUGGGCCCGAUGACGGUGGCGAUGCUCAUGCGCAACACCGUGCUGGCGGCGCGCAGGCAGCUUGAACGACUCACAGCGCCCGUUUGGCCGUUGCAGACCUUGCGGCUGAAUACGCUUACCCCAGUGCCUAGCGAUAUCGUCAUAGCCCGUUCCCAAAAGCCGAAGCACAUCACGCAGUUGGCGGAGGAGAUCGGCUUAUUCCCGAAUGAGGUCUCUCAAUAUGGCAAUACUAAGGCGAAGAUAUCUCUCUCCGUACUCGAUCGUUUGCAAGAUCAGAAAGGUGGCAAAUAUAUUGUUGUUGCAGGCAUAACCCCCACACCGCUGGGUGAGGGUAAGAGCACGACGCUGCUUGGCCUCGUGCAGGCGCUGGGCGCGCAUUGCGGACGAAAUGCUUUCGCCUGUAUGCGACAGCCCAGCCAGGGACCCACUUUUGGUGUCAAAGGCGGAGCCGCCGGCGGAGGGUACUCGCAGGUGAUCCCAAUGGAGGACUUCAACCUUCAUCUCACGGGUGACAUCCACGCUGUAACAGCUGCCAACAAUCUACUGGCAGCUCAAAUGGAUGCCAGAAUCUUCCACGAACUGACCCAAAAGGAUGGCCCGUUGUACGAUCGGCUGGUACCGAAGAUCAAGGGCGUCAGAAAGUUCUCUCCUAUUCAGCUUAGGAGACUUAAUAGACUGGGUAUCAAUAAAACUGACCCAGACGCCUUAACACCAGAAGAAAGAACUAAAUUCGCUAGAUUAAAUAUAGAUACUACGAAAAUUAUGUGGAAUAGAGUUGUGGAUCUCAACGACAGAUACCUGCGUAAAAUAACCAUCGGCCAAUCACCGACGGAAAAGGGUUUUACUCGCGAGACAAGUUUUGACAUCUCUGUGGCUUCAGAGAUCAUGGCUGUUUUGGCUUUGGGUAAAGACAUUGAUGACAUAAAGGAGCGACUCGCUAAAAUGGUCGUUGCAUUGGAUAAGAGUGGAAAUCCUGUGACUGCCGACGAUUUGGGUGUCACCGGAGCUUUGAUGGUGCUCCUGAAGGAUGCCUUCGAACCGACAUUGAUGCAAACUUUAGAAGGCACGCCUGUGUUGGUACACACGGGACCCUUCGCUAACAUCGCACACGGCUGCUCCUCCAUCUUGGCCGAUAAGAUCGCCAUGAAGCUAGCUCGCGAGGACGGAUACGUCGCUACCGAAGCUGGUUUUGGAUCUGACAUUGGUAUGGAGAAGUUCUUCGACAUAAAGUGCCGCGCGAGUGGCGACACCCCGCACUGCGCCGUCAUCGUCAGCACCGUGCGCGCGCUCAAGAUGCACGGCGGCGGCCCCACCGUCAGCCCCGGCCAGCCGCUGCACGAGGUCUACCUGCAGGAAAACUUGGAACUGCUCAACAAAGGUCUGUGUAACCUAGGGAAACAUAUCAGCAACGGCAACAAAUUCGGCGUCCCGGUCGUCGUGGCCAUCAACCGCCACGCCAACGACACGGAGGCGGAGUUGCGCGCCGUGCAGGAGUACGCGCUGCAGUGCGGCGCCUUCGCGGCCGUGCAGUGCGCGCACUGGGCGCACGGGGGGGCGGGCGCGCUCGACCUGGCCGACGCCGUCAUCGCCGCCUGCGCGCUACCCUCCACUUUCCGCUACCUCUACCCGCUCGACCUGCCGCUGCGAGACAAGAUACAGACCAUCGCCGCCGAGAUGUACGGCGCCGGCACCGUAGAAUACACGGACGACGUGCUGGAGAAGAUGCGUACCUUCACCGAGAGAGGCUAUGACAAGCUAGCAAUCUGUAUGGCCAAGACUUCCAACUCACUUACCGGCGACCCAGCUAUCAAAGGAGCUCCAACUGGCUUUCCACUCCGUGUCAACGACAUCUUUGUCUCGGUGGGCGCUGGCUUCAUAGUCCCCAUGGUUGGUGAAAUUUCCAAAAUGCCUGGUCUCCCUACACGACCUAGCAUCUAUGAUAUAGACUUAGAUACUAAAACUGGCGAAAUCCAAGGACUGUUUUAAAAAUACUUCUGAUUUAUUAAGUGAACCAUUAAAGUUUAUUAAAAUACAACACAAGGACAACAUCGAAAAUCAAAUUACCAUGGUGAAAUAAAUAUAUUAUUGAAAAAACUAUUUAGUGUAUACACGAGAAAUGUUAAUUUUUAAUAAAUAAUUUUUGAUUUA